AUGUUCUUUAGUCAAUUAUCUCAUCGUGUUUAUUAUUUAGCAUCGCCAUUACGAUGUAUACAAGCAACUCGUGGUUCUUGUUCUUCAAAAUUAUUCGUUGGAGGGCUUAACUACGACACGAAUGAACAUGUUCUGAAGAACGAGUUUGAAAAGUACGGUCAAGUUUUAAAUGUGAGAGUAAUAUGCGAUCACAAGAGCGGCAAAUCAAAAGGUUAUGGCUUUGUGCUGCUUGAUUCAGAAGAAGCAGCUGCAGCUGCCUUAGCUUCCAUGAACAAUCAGUCACUCGAAGGCAGACACAUCAGAGUCGAGUAUGCUCGUCCUAAAAGAGGUGUUUAGAUCAAUCAUAAUCAGAAUUGAUUCAACUCAACUGAAACUUCAUAUAUGUUGGUGAAGAACCGUAACUCAGGAAACUGUGCAUUCACUUAUUUCAAUUUGUAACAGUGUAAAACUCAAGAAUCAUUUUCUAAUGACAGUGUCUCCUCUUCAAAGCUUUGUUACUACUGUGUUCAAAUAUUAUCUGA